CACUGACGCGUGACAGUGACAGAACUCAAAUCUACAAAACGUAAAGAAUUUUUCUUACCGCAGUUGUAGCAUAGUUUUCUUGGCAAAAUGACUGCAUUUGAAGAAUUUGGUGUGCUUCCCGAACUGGGAAAGGCCAUCGACGAAAUGGAGUGGACAUUACCAACAGAUGUUCAAGCCGAAGCAGUACCAUUAAUCUUAGGUGGCGGAGAUGUCCUUAUGGCUGCUGAAACCGGCAGCGGAAAGACCGGCGCGUUCUGUCUACCUAUUUUACAAAUAGUUUGGGAAACUUUAAAAGAUAUACAAGAAGGAAAGACAAGUAAAGUGAUACUGCAAACAGCUACUGAAUGGACUUUAUCAUUUUUCGAUCGAACGGAUGCUUUAGCGGUAACGCCGGAUGGUUUGCGAUGUCAAUCUCGUGAUCAUAAAGACUGGCACGGCUGUAGGGCUACCAAAGGUGUACACACAAAGGGAGCUUACUAUUAUGAAGCUAUUGUAACUGAUGAGGGUCUUUGUCGUGUUGGUUGGUCAACGCAAGGUGCAAGGCUGGAUCUAGGAACAGAUAGACUAGGUUUUGGCUAUGGUGGCACCGGUAAGAAGUCAAAUGCCAAACAGUUUGAUGAUUAUGGAGAUGCUUAUGGGAAAAACGAUGUAAUAGGUUGUUUAUUGAACUUUAACAAUGGCGAGAUUCGUUACACAAAGAAUGGAGAGGACCUAGGUAUUGCAUUCAAACUGGAUCAGUCACGCAAAUCUGAUUGUUAUUUCCCUGCUGUUGUUCUGAAGAAUGCUGAAAUGAGUUUUAAUUUUGGUGCGACACCUUUUAAGUAUACACCACCUAAAGAUUAUGUGGCCCUCUGCAAUGCACCCAAAGAAUGUGUCAAAGUAAAUGUCAUCUCUUCAGUUCAGUCGACUGACAGCAAACCAGUAAACAACGCUCCUCAAGCUAUCAUCAUUGAGCCAUCACGUGAACUUGCUGAACAAACAUGUAAUCAAAUUACGAAAUUCAAAAAAUACUUGGAAAAUCCGAAAGUAAGAGAAUUACUUGUAGUUGGAGGCAUCAAUGUUAAAGAUCAAAUUAACCAGCUCAAUGCAGGUAUUGACAUUGUUGUUGGGACACCCGGAAGACUUGAAGAUCUCAUUCAAGGAGGCUACUUAGCACUAACGCAUUGCCGUUUCUUCGUGUUGGAUGAAGCGGAUGGUCUACUGAAGGCGGGGUAUGGCGAGCUCAUUGAGCGUCUGCACCGACAGAUACCGAAGAUCACCAGCGAUGGACGUCGUCUACAGAUGGUGGUCUGCUCAGCCACUUUACAUGCCUUUGAAGUUAAGAAGAUGGCGGAGAAACUGAUGCAUUUCCCAACAUGGGUGGACUUGAAAGGCGAGGAUUCUGUACCAGAGACGGUGCACCAUGUUGUUGUCAAUGUAGACCCGCAGAAGGACCGCUCCUGGGAGACAUUGCGCAAGACUAUACAGACGGACGGUGUCCAUGCAAAGAACAACAUUAAUCAGGACGCCAAUACGCCCGAGAGAUGGUCGGAGGCUGUCAAGAUACUGAAGGGAGAGUACUGCGUACGAGCUAUAAGAGAACACAAAAUGGACAGGGCUAUAAUCUUCUGUCGCACUAAGAUGGAUUGUGAUAACUUGGAGAAAUACUUGCGUUCAUUUGGCAACGAGUUCAGUUGCGUGUGCCUGCAUGGUGACCGCAAGCCGCCGGAGCGCAAGGCCAACUUGGAGAAGUUUAAGCAGGCGCAAGUCAAGUACCUCAUCUGUACUGAUGUUGCGGCCAGGGGUAUUGAUAUAUCUGGACUGCCGUUCAUGAUCAACGUGACGUUACCUGAUGAGAAGUCUAACUACGUGCAUCGCAUCGGUCGUGUUGGUCGUGCGGAGCGCAUGGGGCUUGCUAUUAGUCUUGUUGCUACUGUACCAGAAAAAGUGUGGUACCACGGUGAGUGGUGCUCGUCUCGCGGCCGCAACUGCUGGAACACCAAUCUAGUAGACGACAGGCCCAAAGGUUGCUGCAUGUGGUACAAUGAGCCACAGUACUUGGCAGAUAUUGAAGAUCAUUUGAAUAUAACAAUCCAACAAAUUGAACCUGACAUGAAAGUGCCAUGCAAUGAGUUUGAUGGUAAAGUUGUGUACGGUCAAAAGAGGAAGCAAAUCGGCACUGGCUAUCAGGACCACGUGUCCCAGAUGGCGCCCGUGGUGCGUUCCCUACAGGAGCUCGAGUCUCAGGCGCAGCUGUAUUAUCUUAAAUCUCAUCAUAAUGCUAUUGUUACAGCGUAAACAAUAUUUAAUGCUAUGAUAGUGUAAUAAAAUAUAAUUUAUAUAACCAGUUUAUAUACUUUGAGGAAAUUCAUUCAAUUAUUUACUGAAAUAGUAUAUAUUUACUAUUAUGUAUCUUUGUUGUGGUAAAUAUUGAAUUUCUCUGUUAACAUAAGUUAAAACGGGACUUAUGACUACUUAAU